AUGCCUCGCGCUCCAGGUUCGAGUAAGCGACAGCAAGGCGCCGCCAGUCACCGCGACAAUCGCCAUGAGAAUGGGCUUGUAGGUCCUGCCAAGCGUUCCAACGACAAAAAGGGCUCAGGACAGCUCGACAACUCUGCCCGACGAUCUGACCAAGGUGCUUCCGGCGCCCCUGGACAGUCAACGCCCGUCAACGGUCACGCCAGCAGCCCGUACAAGCAGUGUGUCUAUGAUGCAACCAACGACACCCCUAACGACGACCACCGACGCUCCUCUCUUGACGCUGUCUCCGAGAUGUCCUCCGAUUCAUCCACCACCACUGGCCCCAGUGGUGUCGACUCUAGCCACCGCCAGAUCGACGUCAAUGCCAUGAAGAACGCUGAUGUCCAUCGUGACUCGGGCCCGUUUGACCUCGCAACCACUGUCCUAAAGUCGCUUCCUAUGCAGGACACGCUCGCUAUUCUCAUCAUUCUUAUGCAUGUUCCAUCGCUCUCACUUACCGUUAUUUACACCAUCUUUACAUUCCUUACCUUUGUCCCUCCUGUCACGACCAGUUCCGGCAUGAACAUUAACUUGGCCGAGAUUUUUGAUGGCAACUCGACUAUGCCCUCUCUUGUGACAGUUUUAUGCGUCGACUUUUUUUUCCUUCUGAUAUGGCUCUUUCUGUGGGGUCCAAUCCAGGACGCUAUCUUGGAUUUUGCUAAGCCAGUCAUUGCUAUUACUUUGGGAGGGGGAACGAGCGCAAGAGACGGGACUUCCAGGGGACUCACCACAUGCUUCACGUGGGUUAUAGGCCAUCAUCUGCUCCGAGGGACCAAAAACCAUUGGGGUCGUGUGGCUCGCCAUAUACCUGAGCACUGGCGGGUGCCCAAUAUUUUCAGCAGUUCACUCGAAGCUACCUCCAGCACAUAUGAUAAAAUGAGUGCCUAUGGAUGGGUCAGAAGUGUUCUAGCUAUACAUAUCCUGACCCAAGGCAUCGUACGAUACAUCCGGGAAUGGUAUUUAAGGCGUGAAAAGGCCAAUUCUUCCGUUGGUGCCAGUGAUCCGGAGGCCGGAAAGCCACCCAGUGUGGCUGGCGACACGACCAAUGAAGGGGGGUUUUCAACGCCUGAUACCGAAAUAGGGACAUCGUCGACGUCCACGGCACCUACAACCAAAAAAAGAAGAAAGCAAAGCACUCAAGUUCGUCUUCAGCAACCGCUAUGGGCAGCAUUGGCGAGCACCAAGAUUGUGGUGGUGAAGGAGUAUGAGUUGUCCCAUGCAGCUUCAGAGUCAGCUGGGACAAAUGCUACCGACAUUCACAAUCUUGGCAAUGCCCCAUUCAACAACCAACCCAAUCAAAUUUGGAUUUCCUAUAUUGGUAGCGAUGAAGUAUGUUUUAACACCAGCUAUUUUCCCGAAAUCGACGACGACGAGACACGCUCGGUUGAAUCCUCCGGCGAGGACUCAAGACCCGCCAACAUCGACACCUCAAAGCCAUUCUACGUCAGAGUCAACAACGCUGUUUGGCAGCCCACACGCAUGUUUCCAAUCGAGGAGUCUCCUGAGGAUUCUCACGAAGGCAUGCGCUGGACAGGCGAUAUCUAUGGGCUCAGGCCCGCAUCCAAAUAUGUCUGUGAAUUUCUUGAUAGCCAAACUGAUGAGGUUCUGUUCUCAACCAGUAUCAGAACUAUACAGGCCACUCAACGCGAGACGGAUGGCGUCCCGCCUCCUGUGACUAAUGCCCAGCGCUCUCUUCAUCCAGACUCGCCUGCCACGACAUUGAGAACAUCGAUUGCCGCGGUCGAGGCUAAGCUCAGUGAAGAGAAGUCCCGCCUCAAGACUCUGCGAAAGGAAUACAAGAACCGCGCCAACGCCCUGCGAAAGGACAAUGAGUUGACGGACAAUCAGCUCUCCUCGGCUGGAAACCAUGACGAAAAGUAUCGACAAAAGAUUCGUCAGCAAGAAACCCAGAAAGCCCAAGCAGAACGUGACACCCAGCAACUUACUGAACAACUCAAGAACUUUGACACCGCUCCUGAACUCGCCGAACGAAAAAAGAAGGUUGAGAAGCAGUUCAGCAGUGAGAAGAAGGUUUUCGAGGCAGCGCAAAAGGCCUUCAAGGAGUACAAGGCUGGACUGGAGAAGGAAAUCAAAGCCAAGGAAGUUGAGAAGUCAAACCUCAACACCCGUCGAAAUAAGGUCGCCACGCGUAUUGCCAAGGUUGAGAACGAACUUGCCAACAUCAAUGAUGCGAACAACCGUGGUCUGGACGAGGCGGAACGGCGUAACCAACAGCGUUCUCACUGGCAAGGUCAUGUCGCCGGCAUCGAAGCUAACUACAACGAGCGACUGGCCCACGUCCGUGCCGACAAUGCUGGUAAGAGCGAGGAGAUCCGGCACUUUCAAAUGCAGUUGAUGAGUAUGCACGAGUUUAUGACCUCGGGUAAUGGCAUGUCAUACGAAAUGAUGCCGCCUCUCGACGCUGGCCACUCACAGCUUGGACCGCCUUUCCAGCCUGCGACUUCGAGUACCUGGAAUCCUGAUCCUACGGUUCCUCCUCACUACCCAACCGGUCUCUGGUCCGCUUCUGACAACAUGCUUCCUUCGGCAUCGGCUCCCACGCUUCCGUCCCUGUCCCCUUGGCAGCCUCCCCCAACUGCCCCACCAUUUGAGCCGCGCAUGAACCGCUCGCGUGGACGCAGUUCAAGUAUGCUCAGUAACAUUAGCGGCUUCACGCAGUCGAGCGGCGAGGAAUAUGCAUCACCCCCCAUGGACUCUUACCGGGUCAAGCACAUCUGGGCGAGUCGAACCAAAGCCAGCGGUGGCGGUAGCAGCGGCAGCGGCAGCAAUGGUGACCCGACAAGCCCCAGAUGA